AUGCAGACUGAAUGGGUCGAUGCCUUCGGAACCCCAAUCGUUUACAUUUUCGGUGUUUCUUCGGAUGAGGGAAAAGCCGAUGCUCGAGCUGGAUACGGAAUAGACUGGGGUCCAGUCAAGUCGAAGAAAAUCGGCGCUGUCGCAUUUGGAGAAAAGACCGAAUUGAGAGCAUUACUAACAGCGAUCUGGGUUGCCAUUAACGAAGCUUCCGAAUGUAAAAUACCCUCGAUUGUAAUCAGACAUCGUUCCCGGAAAUUGGAUGAAGCAUUGAAAAGAGAUCGCAGUUCAUUAGAAAAUAGCAAAGACAAUGAUGAAGAUCUGUUUGCAGCGAUUCAAGAAAUAAUUAAUAUAUUGCCUGUCAGCAUAGAAAGAACAAACGCCAUCAGGAUGUUCAACGUUGCAGCUCAACGAGCGAGGAGGACCAUCGGCCAGCAUUCUACAGCAGUUGAACCUUACACAAAUCAUCAAUUUGAGGAAGGCUACCGAAUCGUUGACAUUCACGGGGCCUGUUAUGAUGGCAUACCAAAUGCAAAAGCUGCAUAUGGUAUCUACUGGGGAGAAGGAGAUCCGCGAAACGAAAAUGGAACCGUAAACGGAAUGCAAUCUUCUUAUCGCGCAUAUUUCAUAGCACUGUAUCGCGCUCUUGCGGUGGCCCUCGAUUCGAACCACGACGAACUCAUAAUCCGAAGCCGAGGUGUAGAUAUUCACAACUGUAUCUCAAAAAAGAUAUAUCCAACUGAAAAAAAUCGAGAUCUUUUUGGGAAGCUUUGCAGUGUCAUGCCGCGUUUCAAAAAGCUAAUUCACUGGAUGUCCCAAAAAGAUUUAAAUGUGAAUGGACAGAUUGAAGCUGAACACUUAGCGAAAAUAAUUUCUGGCAAUAUUCCCAAACAUGUAACCAUCUUUGGAAUGGCUACAGCUAAUGACGGGAUCGGUCGAUACGGAAUUUACUGGAGGCCAGGCGACCGAAGAAACGGAAGCGGCUGGGUUGAAGGACCUCACUCACGGUUGUGUCUUGAGAUGGCCGCACUCGAAGUUGCUAUCAAGAAUGGAAUAGAUCAAUAUGUACAACAUCUUACGGUGUAUACCGAUUCCGAAGAUCUAAAAGAGUAUAUUACAAACUGGCGGCAUGUGUGGCGCGAUACUUCUUGGCCACCACCAAUGAGUUCGGUAGAUUCGAGUUGUGUGACUCUCUGCAGAGAUCUCACUUCGAUGCUUGACAGAAUAACUGUGGAAGUUCGGGACGGAAAAGAGGGGUACAUCGACGAAGCAAGGAAACUAGCGGACUCCGUUCAGGCGUUCCAAACUGUUCGUACCUAUGGAUCUGUACAAACUGGAAACAAUGAAGCAGUUGGAAGAUACGGGUUAUAUUGGCUCUUUGAUCAAACUGAAGCUGAGUACGGGUUUGUAGAUGGAGUUGCAAGUGAGAUCAGAUCGAAACAGACGGCCAUUAUCAGAGCUUUUCAAAUCGCACUACGAAAAGGAUUCACAAAAAUAGUGAUCCAGAGCGAUUUGAUCGAGAAAGAAGGUUUGGACGACAAGUUACAACGAGAAAUCAAAAAUUUCGAGAAACUAUUUGAGGUCGUUAGAUACGAGGAGAAUCAUUCAGACGAAUUCGUGAAACUACUCGAGACUAUGUGA